UCCCCGCAGCCGGGUAGCGAUGGAAGUCGGGGGGACAUUUGUGCAGCUAUGGCUUGUUUGCGGAUUGUGGCUGCUGGCCUCAGAGUUAGCGGCGCCUGCCGCCGCACCGUAUCCCGAAAGGACAAGGGCCAGGGUCACAGGAGAAUUCUGGCAUGUGACUGACUUGCAUUUGGAUCCGACCUAUCACUUGUCAGCUGAUCCUACCAAAGUUUGCUUUUCAUCAUUGGGUUUUCCAGCAAAGCAUGCAGGACUUUAUGGAGACUAUGCAUGUGAUUCACCAUAUAAUCUUAUUCACUCUGCUUUUAAAUUCAUGAAAGAUGCCGAAGUUCAACCCUCCUUUGUGAUAUGGACUGGUGAUAGUCCUCCCCAUGUACCAGCUGAGAAACUCUCUACAAAGAUCGUGAUUGACAUCCUCCAUAAUAUGACACAGACUAUUCAGAACCACUUCAAAGAUCUACAAGUUUUUCCUGCUCUGGGAAACCAUGUUUGGCCACAGGAUCAGCUUCCUGUUAAUAUGAGUGAAGUUUAUUGUGCUGCAGCUGACAUGUGGAAACAGUGGUUGACACCCGAAUCACGUAGUACCCUGCAAAAAGGUGGUUUCUACACCCAGGUCCUUAAUGUUAACGCUACUCAGCAUAAGCAGACACUCCGGAUAAUCAGCCUGAAUACAAAUUUGUACUACGGUCCAAAUAAAGCGACAGAGAAAUUGCCAGAUCCUGCAGGGCAGUUUGAGUGGUUCGAAGAAAUAUUGAAGAGAGCUCAGAAAAAUAAAGAGAAGGUUUAUCUCAUAGGACAUGUUCCUCCAGGCUACUUGCCAGAUUGUCUGGGCACCACUGCAGUGAGGGAGAAGGACAAUGAGAGAUUGGUGCAAAUUCUUCGCAAGUACAGCAAUGUCAUUGUUGGUCAGUUUUAUGGCCACACUCACAGGGAUAGUAUAAUGGUCCUUCUGGAUGAUCAAGGCAAUCCAGUUAACUCUUUGUUUGUGGCACCUGCUGUAACUCCUCAUAAAGGAUUUUUGGAGCAAGUAUCCAACAACCCAGGCUUUCGCCUGUAUAAGUACGACAUACAGGAUUACAGCUUGCUGGAUUUCUGGCAGUAUUACUUGAACCUCACUGAAGCAAAUGAGAAGAAAAAGCCUGACUGGAAGUUGGAAUACAGCAUGACAUCCGCCUAUGGCAUAAAAGAUCUGCAACCACAGUGUUUAUUGGACUUAACUGAUCGGUUCAUAAUGGCACAAAGUGAGAAAUUUCAUAUGUAUUACAACCAUUAUUUGGUCAGUUAUGAUCCAAGUAAGAAAUGUGUUGGCCUUUGUAAGAUGAAACAGAUAUGUGCUAUAAGAUAUUUAGAUAGCACUUCAUACACAAACUGCAUUCUAAAGGGACUAAAAUAAGAAUUUUCUAGAAAUUAGAUUGAUAAAGAUUGUAAAAAUGAACAUUUUAUUUUAAAUUUCCUGGCAGGCUAUUACCUUGUUUAUCUUGUACUUUAUUUUGUUGGGUGCAUAUUCUGAUUAAUUUGUAUUGUGGUGGAUGUUCAUGUUAAAAUGUGUUUUUGAGUGAUCUGUUGCUUUUAAUUGUAUGACUGACCUGACAAAUGAAAUUCCUCGUAUGUUGCAAAACAUACUUGGCAAAUAAAGUGUGAUUCUG